UACGUGUGAAAUCUGUGAAUGAUCACAGAGGUCUCAUGGUACAGGGCCAUUCACAACAGCCUUGUACCAUGUGACAAGCUGUGACCAAUCACAGCUCAUACAGCAUUUCUCAAUGGCUGCAAGAAUGCUAUGUAAUUUACAGCCUUUAUGGAUGUAAAUGCAAUCGUUCCGGGUAGGGGUGCGUGCCCUACCUGCGCCUUGGCUGUCAAUCACCGGGUCCUGGCUGGUGAUUCCCCAGCAAUCUCCAAGGAUUUCUGGCAUAAACAACACAGAUCU